AUGGACAAGAGUAUAUUCGUGUGCUUUAUCCUCCUGGGCACGGCGAUUCAGAGCAGCCAGGGAUGCUACUGUGAACAUUACCCCUGGGGAUCAUGGUCAAGCUGUUCAAAAACUUGCAAUUAUGGAACCCAGACCAGGCAAAGGCAAAUAAAAGUGGAUGAUUAUUAUAGAAAAAACUUCUGUGACCAAGUGUGCACAAAGCAGGAAUCCCGGGCAUGUAACGAGCAGGCAUGUCCUAUCAACUGUCAGCUUGGAGACUUUGGUCCUUGGUCGGAAUGUGACCCGUGUGUUAAAAAACAAUUUCGUGUGAGGUCCUUGCGGCGCCCAUCUCAGUUCAGGGGACAGGCCUGUACUGAACAAUUGGUGGAUUCCCGGAGAUGCUUCCCAACUAAACUUUGCAACAUAGAGGAAGUUGACUGCAGGACUAAGUUCCAGUGUGAAAAUGGUCGCUGCAUUGCCAAAAGUUUGGAGUGCAAUGGAGAGAACGACUGCGGGGACAACUCAGAUGAAAGGGACUGUCGGCGGAUAAAGACGGUGUGCAACAGGAGAUAUGAGAGCAUCCCCAGUGUACAGUUAAUGGGCAAUGGUUUUCAUCUUCUGGCUGGAGAGAGCCGAGGAGAAAUCCUUGAUAACUCAUUCAACGGAGGAAAAUGCACGACUGUAAAAGGCAAUGACACAAGGAAAUCAUUUCGUGUUCCUGCAAAUCUUGAGACUAUCCGCUUUCAGGUGGAAAAUGAAGAGGAUGAUGUGGCAUCGGAUUUCUAUCAGGAUAUAAUUCCCCUGCACACUGAAUCUGCUAGUGAUAGUUCAUCCACUGGCUCUGGAAGAAGCUCUUCUGGGAUCCCAGGUCUCUUCUCAAGAAAGAGACGUGUAAAAAUCACAUCAUCUUCCUCCUUCAGGGAAGCCAUUGAAGCCUCAUAUAAAAAGAAUUCCAACUUUAUUAGGGUCCAUAAAGUGAUUGCAGUUUCAAACUUCACAAUGAAACAGUCAGAUCUGCAGCUUUCAAAUAUCUUUCUAAAGGCACUUAACCACCUGCCUUUGGAGUACAACUAUGCUUUAUAUAGCAGAAUUUUUGAUGACUUUGGGACUCAUUACUACGCUUCUGGAUCAAUGGGUGGCACAUAUGACCUUCUUUAUCAAUACAGUGCUGAAGAACUGAAGAAUUCAGGCUUGACACAGCAAGAAUCGACGGAAUGUGUCCGGGUAGAAACAACUAGGCGUGUGUUUUUCAGAAAGAAAAAGAAAGUACAUACGACGUGCACCACAAAUAAACUGACUGAACGCCAUGAAGGAUCAUUUUUGCAGUCAUCUGAACGGUCUAUUUCACUGGUAAAAGGUGGAAGGGCAGAAUAUGCUGCAGCUUUGGCCUGGGAGAAAAAGGGGUCUUUCCCAGAGCAUACAGUAUUCACAGACUGGGUGGAAUCAACAAAGGACAAUCCUAUUGUGAUUGAUUUUGAGCUGGCCCCCAUCCUGGAUUUGGUGAAGAACUUCCCCUGUGCAGUGACUAAACGGCGCAACCUCAGAAGAGCUCUUAUUGAAUACAUGGACAUAUUUGACCCUUGUAAAUGUGCCCCCUGUCCCAAUAAUGGUAGACCUGUGUUGUCUGGAACAGAGUGUCUGUGUGUGUGUCAGGCUGGAACCUAUGGGGAUAACUGUGAGAAGCGUGCACCAGAUUACAAAUCAGUUGCAGUAGAUGGUUACUGGAGUUGCUGGUCUGCCUGGAGCUCCUGCGAUGCUGCUUUCAAGAGAAGAAGGACCCGGGAGUGUAAUAACCCCGCACCACUGAAUAGAGGGAAGCCGUGCCAGGGUGAACGUGAGCAGGAGGAGGACUGUUACAUCUCAAUGUUUGUGGACAAAGGGGCUCCAUGUGUAAAUGACAAUGAAGCAAGAAAGGAAGUGGACGUUUUCAUUGGUGAACCAGAGUCUGGAUGUCUUAAGCCAUCCCCACCAGAAAAUGGAUUUCUCAGGAAUGAAAAGAAUCAUUAUGCAUUUGGGGAAGAAGCUGAAAUCGCCUGCAUGACUGGAUAUGAUCUCAUUGGCUAUCAGUUCCUCAGGUGUCUACCAGAUCAUACCUGGGCACAGCAGCCUGUUGAGUGCCAAUCAUCAAUGUGCCCUAAACCAUCAGUAUCUGAGGGCGUCACAAUCUCCCCAUUUAAAAAUGAAUACAAGGUUGGGGAAACCAUCCAGCUACGCUGCCCAGCUGGCUUCAUUGUCACUGGUGAAAAGCAGUACACUUGUAGGAAAGAGGUAUCAUGGACACCUCCUAUAUUGAGAUCACUUACCUGUGAAAAAGAUGAGCAAACUAAAGCUAGAGGUAACUGCAGCCCAGGACAAAAACAGGUUGGAUCUCAAUGCGUUUGCAUGUCUCCCGCACAGGAUUGUAGCCACUACUCUGAAGAUGUCUGCGUACUACAUGCAGUUUCUGAAAGUCCCUCUACAAAGCCCAGCUGUCAGUAUUUAGCUGAAAAAUGCCUUAACGAGCAGCCACUCCAUUUCUUGCAUUCUGGCCCCUGUCAUGGUGACACCAACCUGAACUGGGCCAUUGAAAGGGCAAAGCUUUCGACAAGUAGCUCAAAGAAAGAGCUCUGUGGAUAUGACACAUGCUACGACUGGGAAAUGUGUUCAGAUUCGCAGUCACAGUGCUUCUGCCUGGUACCCUACCAAUGUCCAAAGGUUGAGAGCCAGCUUUAUUGCAUCCAAAUGGAAUCUACAAGUAGAAAAAGGACAGCCAGUCUCUGUGCACUGGGAGCAAUGAAAUGUGCCGGCAUGAAAAUAGAAGUACUGCAUCAGGGGAACUGUUUGAAUUAA